GUUAGAUAAUCAUCUUUGCCUUUUGCAUUAAAACCACUUCUCUUUUUCCUCACACCUGUGUUCUUCAUCAACAAUCAUAAUCACCUUUCCUCGAACACCUCAUCAUGCCUGAAUCUGACAAGCCUCGUCAGUCGGUCAAGCGUCAGCUCAAACCCGCUCCCCAACGCCCUGGCCAAGAUGUGCAUUGUCCACGAUUCAAAUCAGAGGUCCACUUUGUGAUUCCGGGAUCGAUGCCAGAAAUCGAAAUUCUUCGCAUUCGAACCACGGAUGUUUCUCAGCCUUUCCUGGACCCAAAUUCGAUGCAACAGUCAUGAUGCCUUUUAUUACAGGAGAUGCGUUAUUCAAACUUGGCUGAUACAUAAUUGAUACCCUCUUACAAAUCUGAAAGCGUAUG